AUGGCGAAACACCUCCCCAAGUUCCUCACCACCAAGUCUGCCGUCUUCGCGUUCACUCUCUUUGGUAUCGGCACUUACUGUGCGCGAUCCUAUCUUCUGCCGACCGGACACGCCGAAUCCUCUGAGCCCCCAAUAGUGUUCUCGGGGUUCGGGCUUACGACUCUGCGCUUGCAAAGCGCCAAAUUGGUCAACCACAACACCAAGCGACUUGUCUUCGAGUUUCCUGACCAAAACACCCGCAGUGGGUUGAGUCUUACUUUGGCACUUCUCACGAUCACCCGCCCCGAAGGCCAAUGGUUCCCCGUGCUACGGCCAUAUACUCCCAUCAGCAGUCUUGACCAACAAGGCCACAUCGAGCUCAUGGUCAAAAAAUACCCCAACGGCAAAGCAAGCAGCCACCUCCACUCGCUCGCCCCAGGCGACACCCUCACAUUCGCCGCAGCACUCAAGGGAUUUCCCUGGACACCGAACAAAUUCUCGCAGGUGUACCUCAUAGCGGGCGGAGCGGGAAUCACACCAAUCUACCAGCUCAUCCAGGGAAUCCUCAACAACCCGAACGACAAGACAAAAGUCCACCUGGUGUUCGGGGUCAAUACUGAGCAAGACCUUCUCCUCAGAGACGAGCUGGAGCAGUAUAAGACCCGGUUCCCGGAUCGCUUCAAUUAUCUCUACACAGUUAGCCACCCGGCUGAGCAGCAGUCUUCGGCGCUGCGGAAGGGGUAUGUGAAUGAAGAGCUUUUGCGGGGGGUUGUUGAUCGGCCUGGCAAGGAUUCCCAUGUCUUUGUGUGUGGUCCGCCGGCUAUGGAGGAGGCGUUGGUCGGGUCGAAGAGUGCACCCGGGAUUUUGGGGCGUUUGGGAUUUGAGAAGGAGCAGGUUUAUAAGUUUUAG